UAUCGUGGCAGCAGUAGGAGACACCACGUGACCCAUGCAAAACUUCUUAUCUUACAAUGCUCUGUCACAACACUAUAAAUUAAAUGGGAGGUCUUUUAAACCUGGUUAGAUUCAAUAGUGAAUGACUGGAAAGACCGGUGUAGAGCGUACGCUGGUGCUGCUGCUCAGGCAAUAAAUAUGACACUACUUGUGAACCAGUUUACAUUGCUCUUAGCAACCAUUUUCUGCAACCACGUGGAAGGAAAGAGAGAUCCAAUUACAUAUUGUGGAGCCUGCAGGGCACUGGUAGAUGAGCUGCAGCAUGAAAUUAGGAAAGUGAACCCGAGUAAGACAAUUGACGUAGGGUCAUUCAGGAUAAGUCCGGAUGGAACGCAGGUACAGAAUAAGGUUGCCCUAGUGAAAUCUGAAGUAUACCUAACAGAAGUUUUGGAAAGUAUAUGUGAAAAAAUGGAUGAAUAUAGCCUAUAUUAUGACCCUAAAACUAAGGAAAAGUCAUUCAAAAGGUUUGCACCCAGAGGGAAUGAAGACUUUCCUUCAGUAGAUUUCAACAAUUUCCAAUUCAAUCCUGGAGAUGACAGUCCUUUAAAGUUUGCCUGUGAACGUGUGGUAGAGGAGAAUGAUGAAGAAAUACUUUCACUUGUUACCCAGGAGGCUUCCAAUUUCGCUUACAAGCUGUGCACUGAGAUAGCAGGUUUUUGCAAAGAUAUACCACACACUGAACUAUAG